UGGACGGAAAUAAUAAGCUGUAAUGAAAAACAACACAUGGCAGUCUAUGAAGGAAGUAGGUCUACAUAGUGCCUCUUCUUCGCCCAUUUUGGAUACAGGUGUUGUUUACAGUAUCGAUAAUAAAGCUUGAAAAUGACAUGUAGUAGCCUAGGCUGGAAUUAAUGACGUUAACCUCGGCAGUGAGUUUAUCUCUGAGGUCAAUGAUUAGCUAACUUCGGGUAUUUACCGAGGGGUGAAAGAGCACUUGUGAAUGUGUCCCGAUUAACUCUCAAACUGGUGAAAGAGACUGGGAUAUAUUCAACUGAAAUUGGAAAUARUUGUAUUAUCUGUAAUGGACCCAUUUGACGCAAUGUCUCCGCGCAAGGUUCUGGAGCGCGUCUCUACUCUGCUGGGAUGCAGCCAGACAUCGAAUGAAGUAGCCACAUAUCUGGACAAUCACGACGAACUGAAGCAUCUACGUGAACAGUUUCUAUUACCCAAAGUUGCAGAACUCCCUCCUUCUGACCUUACGCUUGUGGAUGGCACCAAGGAAUGCAUUUACUUUGUGGGGAACUCACUUGGCCUCCAGCCCAAAAUGGCCAAGAAGUACAUUGACGAGGAGUUGGAUAAAUGGGCUAAAAUGGGUGUUCAUGGCCAUGUACAAGGCUCUCGACCUUGGGCCUGGGCGGAGAACAAUAUAGAGGAACUCAUGGCUAAUGUGGUUGGGGCUAAAGCUGAGGAGGUUGCCUUGAUGAACGGGUUAACAGUUAAUCUGCAUAUUCUGUUGCUGUCUUUUUACAAACCUACAGCAAAACGUCACAAAAUCCUUCUUGAGGACAAGGCUUUCCCCUCAGACCAUUAUGCUGUGGAAUCUCAGAUCCAGUUGAGAGGAUAUGACUCUAAGCAGAGCAUGCUGCUCAUGAAGCCCAGACCGGGCGAGGAGGUGCUGAGAACUGAGGACAUUCUGAACACGAUAGAAAAGGAGGGAGAUUCCAUUGCAGUGGUCCUGUUCAGUGGAGUGCAGUAUUACACCGGACAGCUCUUUGAUAUGGCCGCCAUCACCAAAGCAGGGCAGAAGAAGGAAGAAGUCCAGACUUCUGACGGGUUAUUUGGAGUGUCUGAUCCAGCACUACUACAACAAGGACGAGUCCCAGCCUCACAACCUACGUCCAUAUCAUCACUCCCUCCCACCCUGAGGAACGAGGCUGCCAACUCUCCCUCUCUUUUUCUGUCCCCAUCGCAGCCAUAUUCCAGGAGCUGGAGAAGAGGGGCGUCGCU